AUGCCAGUGUAUCUUUAUCCCUUCUUGAACACCAUGAGCAAUGAAAAGAGCUAUGAAUGUCUAAGGAUUACCAGCUUAGGUGUGAUCGGGUCCCUAGCAAAGGUAGAGGAUCCAGAAGUGAUAGAGUACCUGCUUUCUACUCAAAUAUUUCCCAGUUGCCUACGCUGCAUGCAGGUGUCCACAUUUAUAAUUUACAGAAUCUUACAAAGUGAAAAAGGGUUCAAGUACUGUUUCAUUCUUGCUGAACGAUAUCUCUCAGUAUCCCAAUGUUUGGGGAAAUUGGUUGAAAACCUUAGUGAAGAUGAUGCAGAAAAUAUGACUUGCCUCAUCAGAAACAUCAUCGGAUGUUACCUCAGGCUCUCCGAAAACGAAAGGACAAGGCCACAAUUGUCAAGCUACGUUCCAUGGAAGUUGUUAGAUCGCAAAUAUGCUAACAUCGUUCGGAGUGAUCCAAAGGCCCUUGCUAACCUACGACAAUUGGUUUUCAAUUUAAGGACCAGCAAGAGUUGUACAAACCCACUGUUCCGAAGAGCCACCGACUAG